AUGGGAAGCUUAAUAGGUUUUCGUCCUCCUCAGUUCUCAGAGGAUUUAGCUUGGCUUCCUGCCUGGCUUCAGCCCAAUCAUGAUCAACCAUUGAAUCAGCACAAUGGGGAAGGACACACUCCCAUGGAACAAUGUAUACAGGAGUUGUCAAAUCUUCAACAAAACAUCAGCACAGAGGAUGAGGCGAAUUUGUCAUCAAGGGACGAAGCUGGACGCAAGAGUUUCCCUUUGUUCUUAUCUGGGGAAGACAAUUCACCAGUCAGUUUUGCUCAAUCUUCUGGAAAUAUGGUUCAUUUUCAUCUGCAUCUGUCUUUGGAUGGUAAUUCAGAAUAUGAGAACGCACCAAGUCCUCUAUUGGAUACCUCUCAGGCAGAGAUAUGUAAAUUAUAUCAUCCAAUGCAGCCAACUGAGGCUUCAAAUAUUCCAGAUGAGAAGAAUAAAUUUGAAGUGCACCAUAAUGCUGGUGUGGUAAAUUUUCCUUUUUCAACUCCCCAGCAUGAGAAACCCAAAAAUUCUUGUUCUCAAUCUCUUACUGAUUACAAAGAUAAAUUAGAAAAGCACAAUGAAAAUGUAAACUCUCCUUCCAAAGUUGCGGAUAUCAGCAAUGCAGUUGAACUCUCUAUUGCAGCAUCUGAAGCACUGGUUAUUUAUGAAUUAAUAACCUUUGGAACAUUUACACAAUUUUUGCCAGCUUCGGCUGUACUUGAAGUUGCUCUUAAGCUGAAACAAGCACGGUUGGAGGGUUUGGAAGAAACCUCUUAUUGCUUAACUGAGGAACUUAGUGAGAUUGAUUUUCUAUCGGACUUGGAUGAAUUGACUAUGGCAGAUGCAUAUGAAGAUGUAGGGUUAUUUGCUACUGGUCGUGAUGGUUUGCAUGGUCAUGACUCAAUUGUAUCUCAAGUUAAAGAUACUUUUGCCUCGGAAAUUUAUACAAGUGAAAACAAAUCGAUACAUGAAGAGGUUGGGGUUCCUGAAUUUGAUUAUGGUCAUAUUCAUAGAAAAGAACUGCUAGAAGAUGUUUUGGAUAUUGAUAUACAACUGAAAAAGGAGUUGGCGUUAGAGGCUUUCCAAAGUGACGGGCAAAAGAAGCUUAUUGAUGAUCCACCGCUUGGUUUAAAUGCCACCAGUGUGUCAUGUCACUUGGAUCCCAUGUUGCAUUGUCCGGUCCAGGAAAAUCCACAAAUUUCAGCUUCAAUAGAGAAACCUGAUUUUUCCAUGGGGGACAAAGCUUUAUUCCAAGCAAUUGCAAACUCUCCUCUUCGGGCUAGGAGUUCUGAAAAUGCUGAAAGAGAAACACAACCAUCAAAUAUAGUUCCAGACAGAUUUCAAAGCCGCUGGUUAGGUGGUUGGAUAUGGAAGAAGGAAGUAGCUGAUUCUGCUCCAGUGGAAUCUAACAAUGCUCAAAGCAUCCCUGCUGUUUUUGUUAGCGAGACUAGCUUUUUCUCAGAAUCUGCUGAUCUUGUCCCAGAUGAAAACUCUGUCGUGCAGAAACAAGAUAAAGGGUCCAACAUUGCUUCUCAAGCAAGCAUACCUUUUGAAGGUUUAUGCAACAAAGCAAAUGAGGGGAUAUUGCCUUCUCAGGAUGUUGCAAGAUCUUCUAGUUUAUCCUUUGACCCUCUUUGUUCUGUUGUUCCAUGUAGUAUUUCUUUGCAAAAUACCUGUUCAGUUCCAGCUUCAAAACCAAAUGUUAAGGUUGACUCUGGAAAGUAUUUCAGCACUGCACAAGAAUAUGGUAUGGACAAUUCACACAUGGCCUCAGCUCUAAAUCUUGAGUUGGUGGAUGAGGAAGUGUUGGCGGUUCCAGUGACCAGUGGUGUUGUCCGCAGGAAGUUUGCCUCACUUAAAACUUAUAGCAUGUAUCCAGUCGCAGAUUUGAUAAAGGAGAUGAGAAACUUUGAUGAGAUUGCCGCAGAUGAGACCAAAUUUCCAGCUAAUAGGCAGAAAGAAAGGAACUCACCAGUUGUUCUAAACCGUGGGACACGCUGCAGGUUCCAAGCUUGUUUUGCCCAUAGUGUUGAUGAAGGAAAUGCAGAAGCAGCUAUAGAACCAGAAGGUGAAGUAGAGCUUCUUCAGAGAAAGAACCUCCAAAAGGCAGAGUCUAAAUGCAAAAAUCUCCAGGAUAUUCGAGUUCCAGCAAGAAAGCGUGUUCAUUUCUCAGAAGCUGAAAUUCAUAUUCCACAACAGAAGAAACUCCACAAGCUACAAUCUGCGUACAGAAAUUGUUCUUCUAACAGAGUUCCUAAGAGAUUAAGAUGUCCCAACCUGCACUUUGAGUCUAGGCCUUGCGAAGUGAAAAGGCGUGGAGGAAAUUACCGUGACAAGGAUGGAAAGAGAAUGAUAUUCCAAAAUAUAGAAUUCUUACUUACAGGAUUUUCUAGUCUAAAGGAAAAGGAAAUUGAGCGUCUAAUUAAAAAAUAUGGUGGCAUUCUUCUUACCGAUAUCCCUUCUCCAAAUUCAAGGGCAAAGAGAAGCUCAAAAUUUGAUUGCCAGCCGCUUCCUGUUAUUCUAUGUUUAAAGAAGGUACAAACGACCAAGUUCUUGUAUGGCUGUGCCGUGAAUGCCUGCAUCCUGAAAGUCAAUUGGCUUACUGAUUCAAUUGCAGUGGGUUAUCUCUUAGCACCUGAAAAAUAUAUGAUUCUUCCAAAUCAUGUUGGUGGGAAGUGUACAAGAAUAGGAAAGCCACUGCAUCGCGACAACCAUCAGUACGUCUUUGACAGUGUUGGCAUCAUGCUUCAUGGGACACACAAUUUCUGCACCAAAAUGGCAAGAGUUGUCAGGCAUGGAGGUGGGCAGGUAUUCAAAACCCUCCAGUGGUUGGUGCAGAGUCUUGAUGCUGAAAAGAUUUCCAUGGGCUAUAUUGUUGCUGAGGAUGAGAGUCGGGCUUCACGUCACCUGAAGCACUGUGCCUUGGAACAAAAGAUACCCAUGAUGCCGGCUAGCUGGAUAAUAAAGAACUUGCAUGCCGGAAAGCUUCUUCCCUUCAUGGAGAACGACCAUUCUUCUCGUUCGUCCCCAAGCUGGCCUCUGGAUUUUCCAGUUUCUAUGGACUGGAGUGAAGAAAUAUGAGACCUCUCCUAUUGUACCCCCCUUACAGAGUAAAUGCACAAGUGACGAGCCAAUGAAGAAC